AUGCCCUCUGCCCAAACCCCCAUCACCAGUCCACCCCCCAAGUCGUUCGAGGAGAAGUGGUUCGAAACAGCCAAAAAACUCAUGGUUGUGGGAAGCGGCGUGCCGGAACCCCCUCAGCGCUGGGAGGCUCGCAAGGUCAAGAAAACCUCAAAGUCGCCCAACAUGCUUUACCCCCUGCACGAUGCCAUCAGCGAUCCCGCCGACACCAACAUCUACUGGUCUGGCCCGGACCGUUUCCGUAUUGUCCAUCGCCCACAGUUUGCUGGCCGCGUGGUCGCCCUUGACACCAUCUUGAAGGGCGGCUCGAAGAAUGGCACCCGCUGGUCCACCCCCCCGUCCUCCCUGCACCCUUUACACACCCAAAACGCACACUCCAAACACUCUGCCUCAGCAUCACCAGAAUUCAGGUCAUGGACUUCAACCGUGUCCCUGAUCCCUGAGCGACUGCCCAGUACUGCCGAGACAAUGCACCAUGACAGCGACUUUCGCACCCACUUGAGGGCCGUCAAAGCCCUCCACAACCAAGAACUGGCCCUCUCGAGGGACAAUGCCGCACUUCGAGCUCCGGCCCCACCUCGCCUCAGCUGCGUCAAGGCCGGGUUUGGUAGGGCAAGCGGUUCCGACUCGCGUUCCGUCAAGGUACUCAAGUACAUCUUUGACGUGAUCGUUGACCAGGAGGGCAGCGGCCUCCACGAGGAGCUCCGAACGGUUGCCUCUCGUCCCCGUGGCAGGGGCUUCGUCCUCGUUGACGCGGCCCGCUAUAAACCCGGACGUCGAGACCCUGUUCGCGCGCCACGAGGAGAACCGCCAGGUGAUCCUCAACGCGACGACGCGCACGCUCAACCUCCAGCGUACGACCCUGCCCAACGGUCCAUUCCUCAGUGGAACAUCCGGGGCGAUUGGAAAACCUUCGUCUCGUAUCUCUCUGAGUGGCAGUUCCGCUCCACGGGUACCAAGGUCAAGGGCGGCGCCGAGUACAGCCACCCAUCUGGCAAUUUCCACUCAGGCCGCCCCAAAAGGCUCCAGUACCUCGUGAGCGUGCGGAACAAGGCGAAAUCGGCUCCUGCGAGGCCAUCGGCCGCGCGAUCGGACGCCGGCCAGACCGAAUACGUCAACUUGACGAUGUCAAGCGACGAUGACGAGGCGCCGGACGAAUCGGACGACGACGAGGCGGGGCCGAGCUUUCCCGUGCAGCGCAGCCUGUACAUCAUCUCGGACGACGAGGACGACGAUGAUGAGCCCGGGGCAAGCUCCUUGGACAUUACGAAGCGUCCCCGGGUCAUCGCGGAUCCUGACGACGACGAUGACGACGACGACGACAAGUCUGCCCCUGGCCCCAGCAUCGUCGCUCCAAAGCGCCGCCGCGUUGUGUUGGAUCCUGACGAGGACGAGUCCAACGACUACAACGUUGGCUCGUCGUCCUCCCGUCCGCCGACCUGGGACGUCUCGAACGCGUCUUCCUCCUCGUCUGGCACCACCGCCCAAUGGGAGUGUGCGCGCUGCCAGGCCCAGAAUUCGGCCGUCAACGUCUUCUGCCACCAAUGUACGUUCGACAGGAAUUCCGGUUACACCAAGCCCACUGCCCCGUGGAGUUGCGUCCACUGCGAGACACGCAACCCAGCGGCAUUUGUGAUUUGCCAGCAAUGCUUGGAGUAUGCGUAG